AGUGAGGUUUUAUCAGCAGACAGAAACAUGCAGUGGACUGUCCAGAUCAUUGUUUCUCUCCUGAACGUUGUAUGGAUUGUCUUCUUUUUACAGCCUGAUCCGUUUUUAGUGUUUGUAGAGAGGAGAAGCACUGACGGCUCUGCUGAGUUUUGUGUUCAGCCUCCAUCUGAUAUGAACUGGACAUCAGCUGUACAGUCAGUCACCAUCACCGCUAAUAAACCCAACAACACCAACACAACACCUGAAGAAUCUGAACCUAGAAACCCCCAUGAAGACAUCAACUUACCUAACAUGAACCAGUGUCCUCAACACAGUCAGUGUAACAAGACAAAUAUACAACCAGAAGACCCACACACCACUCCUGCACCAGAACCCAAACCUGAAGUAAAGUCUGACACAAAUCCAACCAGAUCCUCUUCUGCAUCAGAUCAUCCUUCUUCUUCAGGUGGAACUGGUCCUGAUGACUGCUGCUUCAGUUUCUACCCAAGAAGAGUGAAAAAAGACCUCGUCAAGGGAUAUUACAUGUCUGAUCACCGGUGCCCGAGGACUGGAGUCGUUUUGAUGACACAAAAGGGUCGUAACAUCUGUGUGGAUCCAAAUCUCUCCUGGGUUCAGAACAUCAUGAAAUAUGUGGAUGAAAAAACCUCUUAAACCCUCUUAAAGUGUUACUGUGCAAACCUGCCAUGAGUAAUCAAAGAUCUAGCUUUCAUCAU